AAGGCGAUUGGCUAUUCACGAUCGAUCUCAAAUUGGAUACCACCACGUCGACAUUCACCCCGCUUUCUGGCAGUUUCUCGGAUUCUCCUUGCAAGGGCAGGACUACCAAUUCCUCUCUUUGCCUUUCGGGCUGGCUACAGCGCCGUUUGUGUUUACCCAGUUAAUUAAGCAACUCGCCAAACGCUGGCGUAGCCGUGGCAUCCGCCUUAUUCCAUACGUCGAUGAUAUCCUAUUCAUCAGUGCCACUCGAGCGGAGGCUCUUCACAACCGCUCCAUAAUCAUUGCCGACCUCGCAGCUGCGGGCUUUGUUGUGAAUUUCAAAAAAUCACAACUCGCACCGGCACAAUCUUUGAAGUUCUUGGGCCUCUUGCUGGACACGCGCACCACCACUUUCUCG